CUUUGCAGCUUCAGAAGCUAGAGCCCCUGCGCUCACGUGUCCCCGGAACCAGCAACCGGUUCUGUUCAGAAACUUUCCGGAUCCCUGACGGCCCAGCAAAGAUGUUCCGGCUGUGGCUCCAGGCGGCGGGGCUCCUGUGGCUGUGCGGCGGCUCUGCGGGCGGCUCUGGGCGGCUGUACUCGGAGGAGGACCCGCUGGUGAUCCUGGGCAGCAGCAGCCUGAAGCCCACCGUCACCAACUCCUCCUCGGCCUGGCUGGUCCAGUUCUACUCCUCCUGGUGCGGACAUUGCAUCCAGUACUCCAGCACAUGGAAGGCUCUGGCUCAGGACGUGAAAGGUACCGGUCCACACUGCCCGGUUCGGGCUCGGUCUGCUGUUCCGUUGGGAGCAGCUGCACCAGACUCCAUUCAGAAUUUGGCUCUGGACAAACUCGACAAAGAGGUUCUGUUGAACCCGUCCAAUUGGGUCAGUGGUCCUGUGGGCUCUUCCCACAACCUGGUAAAGGAGGGAAUCACCAUGGAAACCACUUUGUUGCUGAGGUCCGGUUGGUCGGCUUCUUGUUGUCAGAACCGGUUCUGUGUCCCUGCAGGAGCUGACCGGGAGGUCCGGUCCGUCCGGCAGCUGAUGGUCAACAUCCUGCAGAACCACAGCAGAACGGACCGACCCCAGAGCUGCCCUCCGCUGGAGCCCUACAGCGCUGCUCAGCUGCUGCCCCUGCUGGGUCAAAGGUCGGACCACUACACUGCCAUCAUCGUGGAGGAGGCGGGGUCGUUCGUUGGCCGGGAGGUGAUCCUGGACUUGUUACAGUUCUCAGACGUUGAAGUGAGAAGAGCUCUGACCUCUGACCUCCCCCUGCUGGAUGUCCUGAACAUGGCCGCCUUCCCCUCCGUUUACCUGCUGCACCCCAACGGCUCGCACGCCCCUCUGCACAGCGAGAAGCCGCUCCGGUUCUUCUUCUCCUCCCUGCUGCGGAGCCUCCCAGGCGUGCAGCGCCACAGCAGUUCCGAGGCGGCCCAGAUCGGGGCGCUGCAGGACGGACAGACGUCCGAGCCGUGGCGGGACUUUGACAGGUCCCAGGUGUACACGGCCGACCUGGAGUCGGCGCUGCACUACCUGCUGCGGGUGGAGCUGGCCGCCCACGGCACGCUGGAGGGGGCGGAGCUAAAGGUCUUCAAGGACUUUGUUGCUCUGGUUGCCAAGCUCUAUCCAGUCGGAGGCUCCGUGGUGAAGCUCAUGGAGACGCUCUCUGAUUGGCUACUCAGUCUGCCGCUGCAGCAGAUCCCCUACCAGGCCGUCCUGGACCUGGUGGACAACAAGAUGAAGGUGAAUCUCUCUCUCACACACACACUCACACACACACACACACACUCACACACAAAACUCAGUAAAGCGGAUCGGGCCGAGCCCAGAACCCGGCUGGACUCCACCAGCAGCCCUGGAGAGUUCUGGUCCAGGAAUGGUUCUGGAAGCCGCCAUCUUAAUUCCGGCUCCACUCAGGGAAGGAAGCGUUUCAGGCGGCCAUCUUGUUUUCUGGGUUCCAGGGUUUCAUGUUGUUUCCAUCUUUGUUCCUCCUUCAUCUCGCCCUCCUCUUCCUCUCCUCCAGGGUCUCUGAGUGACGACCCGGUCUCCCCCAAAGCGCCGUGGCCAAGCCCCGCCCUCUGCCCCGCCUGCCACGAGGAGAGCAACGGCGUCCACGUCUGGAAUCACGCCAACGUCCUCGCCUUCCUUCGCCGCCACUACGGCGCGUCCAACCUGAACCCCAGUUACUCCCUGACCUCCCCACGCCUCCCUGCCGGCGCCGGUCCGGCUCAGACCAGACGGCCUCAGGAGGAACGCCCGGCUGCUGGAGGGGAGAGGAAAGGAAAGGAUCAGGCGGACCUCCAACCCAUCCAGCCGGGUCCGAGGCGGGUGGAGCAGGCGGUUCUGAUCCGAGGAGAGGGCGGGUUCUGGAUUCUGGGCCUGGGCUUCACCAGCGUGGACAUGAGCCUCUGCGUGGUUCUGUACGGCAGCUCCUGCCUCUUCCUCAUGCUGCUCUUCUUCUUCUUCAAAGUCCGGUCCAGGAGGUGGAAGCUGCGCCACGCUCGACUCCACGUCUGACCUGCAGCCGGUCCAAACCAGAACUCUGACUGGGUCAGAACCGCUGCUUCCUGUCCCUGGUUGACUUUCCUGCACGGUUCUGAAAGGAAGCGUCUCAGACAGAACAGAUCCAUCGAACUGGUCAGCGUUUUUUACCAGAACCGGGUCAGCCCGACCAGGUCAUAUCGGCGCUGGACAGUGAUUUAAGAUGCUCUACCUAUUUCUGUUUUUAUUUAUUUUACACUGUGAAAAGUUUUGGUCAUGAACUGGACUCAAAACCGGGCCAUGAACUGGACUCUGAACCAGGUUUUUUUCAUGGACCAGUGGGUGCGAUGAGAAACCAGUAUCUGAAUCUGAACCAGACUGGAGUUUGAGUUCUCUUUGUGACAAAUGCUGGGCCUGCUGAUGAACAGAACCCUUUGGGACCGGCCCAGAACCCGGCUGCUUGUUUGGACGGGUACCAGUGGAACGGGUGAGGACUGAGGAGUUGGACCUCCAUGAAGAGCUCGGUUUGUAGAACCAGGACUGGAUUGAAGCGUGGUUUCGAUCUGGUCCAGUUAAGACUGGUUCUGAGUCAGGGUCCGAUCACAGCAGGAAAACCAGAAUAUGUGUGUCAGCUGAUGAAGCUGCUUCCAUCUGCUCCGUUCUGACGCCCUCUGGUGGUCAAACAUGAAGCUCUCACAAACUGUUAACGUUAAUAGACUCCCGGUUGAGUGUUUGAUGUUCAACUGAGGUUGAUUUCUGACCUGCUCUCAUCUAGGUGGCGUGUUUGAGUCGGUCAGGUGUUUCUGCAGUGUUUUACUCAUUGAUGUUUCUCUGUGACUCCCUCUGGUGUUUCCUGCUGUGAAUCUGUUUCAAUCAGAUUGUGUUUUUCUGAUUAUUUGUAAUCUUUGUUGAUGUGUGAAUAAAUCUUGUUGCUGCAGCUCUGA